GCCGCCAUCUUUGUGGAGACCAAUCCACCCCAAAGUGUACUGAUAGCCUCAGCUGGGGGUGAUGUUCAGUAAGAGGAGAAGAGCCGGGCGUGGGCUGAUAAUACAGGAUGACAGCUGCUCCACACCCGAUGUCUGAUCUUCUCCAAGAUGGUCAUGAUGGAGACCCAGUUUCUUCUGCAAAUGCAAUACAACACAGCUGCCGGCCUGAAGCAAUGCGGAGAAGACGGAGAUUUUAUCAUCACACAUGAGCAGAGAUGUGCUGCGGUGGCCAACGAUACAUUUUUCGGCUUGUUGGGUGACACAGAAUAUAACAAGCACAGGACUAACCUAGCGGCAUUCAUACUGCAGAGAGAUGUGUUGGCGGAGGAAGAGGUUGGUGAUGUCUAUGAGGUGGUGGCACUGGGCACCGGUGUUACCUGGUAUCAGGGAUGGCAGGAAUACCUCGGGCUUCAGGUGCAUGAUUGCCAUGCAUUGGUUGUGGCAAGGAGGGCGCUGCUGAGAUAUCUGUACAAAGAAGUCGCCCUGCACUACAGUCAGCUUCCUGGAGCCAGUGACAAGUCCAUAUUCUGUCCAUCUCUGGAGACGCAGUGUCUGGUACUGAAACCGAACAUCCAUCUGCACCUCUAUUUAAGCUGCAUCCCAGAAGAAGCCACACAGAAAGGCCUGUCUUGGAUGGAACGGAAGAGUAUACACUUGAGUAUUCACGCCAAAGGCGCCACCCUUCCAGUGUCCGAGUGUCCUCCCAGUCUAUUGGCUGCACGUGUGUGCUGUAUGUCCGCUACUGACAAGCUGCUCAAAUGGAGUGUACUUGGGGUCCAGGGAGCUUUGCUAAGUCAAUUUAUGGCACCUCUCUACAUAACUAGCAUUGUUAUAGGGACCACAGAGCAGCAGAUAGAAACUUUCUCCCAGGCUGUUAUUGGUCGACUACAACCUCCCUUGAACUUGGCAUUGUUCCCCCACUUUGCUGUACACCAUCCAUACUUAUUUAUUGGACCAGAACUCAAUAGCAAAGAGCCUCCACCUGUUCACCCCUCUCACAGCAUCAACUGGACUAAGGGAGACAAAAAAGUGGAGAUUGUAGAUGCCAAUUCCGGCCAAGCGGUGGAAAGCCACUUAGGUCCACCUCCUUCUCCUGACAGCCGACUGUGCAAAGCAGCCAUGCUUAUGUACUACAUGAAUAUCCAGAAGUCCCUAGGGAAACUACAGGUAGAAGACUCCUAUUUCCAAAUUAAGGCUUCCUCAGACCAAUACCAGCGUGUCAAGACCCUGCUUUAUUCUCAGCUUAAUGCCUAUGGUCAUGGUAUGUGGCCCCGGAAACUGUGUGUGGGGAGAUUCAAAGCCUCAACAGGGCAGGGGCCGGGCGGAGAGCCUUGUGCACAGUUGCAGUGGGAGCUUCAUUGAUCACUACAGUAAUCACUUUACAUUUGAUGUUUUUUUUUCUUUGUAGCCUAUAGUCACCCCGACUGAAAAGGGAGAAGCUUUUGUUAUUGUUGCCAGUUGACAUUAGAUUUCUCUUUUUUUCCCACGAUUCUGAUAUUUUGGACUGCAAAUAAACAGCGAUGGUCAUUCGCCCCUUGUGUGUUCCUGACAGCAUAAGACUAGUACAUCGCCCCAGGUAUCAUCUCUACAAGCUCUGUGGCAUUUGUUGAAGGCCGUGAUCGUGUCCUCUCCAAUCGAUAUGUGUCCCUGCAGUGCAGAGAGGAGGGCAGCACAGCUGUAAUUAAAAAAAAAAAUUUAAAGGGGUAUUCUGGUGGGAAAUUUUUUUUUUUAUUAACUGGUGCCAGAAAGUUAAACAGAUUUGUAAAUUAAUUCUAUUAAAAAAUCUUAAAGGGUACCUCUCAUCAAAGAAACUU